CAGUGGCUAAGCCACAAGGUGGAUCUGGAGCUGCCCACUCGCUAUGGCCUGGGCCCCUCUCUGUGCUGUCGCCCCUUCCCUUGAGUCUGGGGUCUCCAGAGGCCUCUCUUGAGUGGGGUUACCCACUGCAGAAAGUUCUGGAACUUUCUGGCCAGGCCCUCCCCCUGCCCUCCCCCACCCCCCCCUUGACUCUGACUUUCAGUAAAUGACAGAGGCUCAGGAAACCAAGGGGCCCACACAGGAAGAGCCAGUGGGACUUUCCUGCAGUCGCCUCCAGCUCUGCCUUGCCGUCUCGGUCCAGGUCCCCACCCGCCAGCCCUGCCCUCCCGGCCCCAGAAGCCCUGAACACUGCAGAGGACUAAGAGCUGUGCCCAUGGCACCGCCAAGUGAGGAGACGCCCCUGAUCUCUCAGCGCUCCUGCAGCCUCUCGUCCUCAGAGGCUGGGGCGCUGCACGUGCUGCUGCCUCCGGGUCCUGGGCCUCCUCAGAGCCUGUCUUUCUCCUUUGGGGACCACUCCGCCGAGGACCUGUGUGUGCGGGCCGCCAAGGCCAGUGGCAUCCUGCCCGUGUACCACUCACUCUUUGCUUUGGCCACGGAGGACUUGUCUUGCUGGUUCCCCCCGAGCCACGUCUUCUCUGUGGAAGAUGCGGGCACCCAAGUCUUAGUCUACAGACUCCGCUUUUACUUCCCCAACUGGUUUGGGCUGGAGAAGUGCCACCGCUUUGGACUUCGCAAGGAUUUGGCCAGUGCCAUCCUUGACCUGCCCGUCCUGGAACACCUCUUUGCCCAGCACCGCAGUGACCUGCUAAGUGGGCGCCUGCAGGUGGGCCUCAGCCUCCAGGAGCAGGGCGAGUGUCUCAGCCUGGCGGUGCUGGACCUGGCCCGGAUGGCCUGUGAGCAGGCCCAGCGACCUGCCCAGCUGCUGAAGACCAUCAGCUACAAGGCCUGCCUGCCUCCGGGCCUGCGCGACCUGAUCCAGGGUCUGAGCUUCGUGACCCGGAGACGUAUUCGGACGACUGUGCGCUGCGCCUUGCGCCGUGUGGCGGCCUGCCAAGCCGACCGGCACUCGCUCAUGGCCAAGUACAUCAUGGACCUGGAGCGGCUGGACCCUGCUGGGACCACCGAGACCUUCCGCGUGGGUCUCCCUGGGGCCGCUGGCGGCCAAGAUGGGCAGGGGCUGCUCCGUGUGGCUGGUGGCAGCGGCAUCUCCUGGAGUCCCGGAGCACAGGAGGUCUUCCAGCCCUUCUGUGACUUUCCAGAAAUCGUGGACAUCAGCGUCAAGCAAGCCCCGUGGGUUGGUCCGGCCGGGGAGCACCGCCUGGUCACUGUCACCAGGACGGACAACCAGAUCCUGGAGGCCGAGUUCCCGGGACUGCCCGAGGCGCUGUCCUUCGUGGCCCUGGUGGAUGGUUACUUCCGCCUGACUUGCGACUCCCGGCACUUCUUCUGCAAGGAGGUGGCACCGCCACGGCUGCUGGAGGAAGUGGCCGAGCAGUGCUAUGGCCCCAUCACCCUGGACUUUGCCAUCAACAAGCUAAAGACUGGGGGCUCACUUCCAGGCUCGUUCCUUCUCCGCCGAAGCCCCCAGGACUUCGACAGCUUUCUCCUCACUGCGUGUGUCCAGACACCCCUUGGUCCCGAUUACAAGGGCUGCCUCAUCCGGCGCGACCCCAUCGGAACCGUCUCCCUGGUUGGCGUUGGCCGUCCUCACAGCAGCCUUCGAGAGCUGCUGGCAGCCUGCUGGGAUGGCGGGCUUCACGUAGAUGGAGUGGCACUGCGUCUGACCUCCUGCUGCACCCCCACACCCAGAGAAAAGUCCAACCUGAUUGUGGUUCGGAGGGGCUGCAACCCCCCCUCCACCUCCGCUGUUCAGCCCCAGUCCCAGUGCAAGCUGAGCCAGAUGACAUUUCACAAGAUCCCUGCCGACAGCCUGGAGUGGCAUGAGAACCUGGGCCAUGGGUCCUUCACCAAGAUUUACCGGGGUUGUCGCCACGAGGCUGUAGAUGGGGAGGCCCACGAGACAGAGGUGCUGCUGAAGGUCAUGGACGCCAAGCACAGGAACUGCAUGGAGUCCUUCCUGGAAGCUGCGAGCUUGAUGAGCCAGGUGUCCUACCCGCAUCUGGUGCUGCUGCACGGCGUGUGCAUGGCUGGAGACAGCAUCAUGGUGCAGGAAUUUGUCCUCCUGGGAGCCAUAGACACAUAUCUGCGCAAGCGUGGCCACCUGGUGCCAGCCAGCUGGAAGCUGCAGGUGAUCAAACAGCUGGCCUAUGCCCUCAACUAUCUGGAGGACAAAGGCCUCCCUCAUGGCAAUGUCUCAGCCCGGAAGGUGCUCCUGGCUCGGGAGGGGGCUGACGGGAGCCCGCCUUUCAUCAAGCUGAGUGACCCUGGUGUCAGCCCCACUGUGCUGAGCCUGGAAAUGCUCACCGACAGGAUCCCCUGGGUGGCCCCCGAGUGUCUCCAGGAGACCCUCGGCCUGGAAGCUGACAAGUGGGGGUUUGGCGCCACGGUCUGGGAGGUGUUCAGCGGGGUCCCGAUGCCCCUCAGCGCCCUGGAUCCCACCAAGAAACUCAAGUUUUAUGAGGACCGGCAGCAGCUGCCAGCCCCCAAGUGGACGGAGCUGGCCCUGCUGAUCCAGCAGUGCAUGGCCUACGAGCCCGGCCAGAGGCCCUCCUUCCGAGCUGUCAUCCGGGACCUCAACAGCCUCAUCACUUCAGACUACGAGCUCCUCUCAGACCCAACCCCUGGCACCCUGGUGCCCCGCGACGGGCUGUGGAGUGGCACCCAGCUCUAUGCCUGCCAGGACCCCACAAUCUUUGAGGAAAGACACCUCAAGUACAUCUCACAGCUGGGCAAGGGCAAUUUUGGCAAUGUGGAGCUGUGCCGCUAUGACCCUCUGGGUGACAACACGGGUGCCCUGGUGGCUGUGAAGCAGCUGCAGCACAGCGGGCCAGAUCAGCAGAGGGACUUCCAGCGGGAGAUCCAGAUCCUCAAAGCGAUGCACAGUGACUUUAUUGUCAAGUACCGAGGUGUCAGCUAUGGCCCUGGCCGUCAGAGUUUGCGGCUGGUCAUGGAGUACCUGCCCAGCGGUUGCCUGCGUGACUUUCUGCAGCGGCACCGCGCACGGCUGGACUCAAGCCGUCUCCUCCUCUAUGCCUCGCAGAUCUGCAAGGGCAUGGAGUACCUGGGCUCCCGCCGCUGCGUUCACCGCGACCUGGCGGCGCGGAACAUCCUGGUGGAGAAUGAGGCUCAUGUCAAGAUCGCCGACUUCGGCUUGGCCAAGCUGCUGCCGCUCGACAAGGACUACUACGUGGUCCGCGAACCCGGCCAGAGCCCCAUCUUCUGGUACGCCCCCGAGUCCCUCGCGGACAACGUCUUCUCGCGCCAGUCGGACGUCUGGAGCUUCGGGGUCGUCCUCUACGAGCUCUUCACCUACAGCGACAAGAGCUGCAGCCCCUCGGCCGAGUUCUUGCGAAUGAUGGGGUGCGAGCGAGACGCCCCGGCCCUCUGCCGCCUCCUGGAGCUGCUGGCCGAGGGCCAGAGGCUGCCGGCGCCCCCCGCCUGCCCUGGCGAGGUUCACGAACUCAUGAAGCUGUGCUGGGCGUCUAGCCCACAGGACCGGCCGACCUUCAGUGUCUUGGGUCCCCAGCUGGACACGCUGUGGAGUGGAAGCCGGGGAUAGCAGUCAGCUCUCUGUGUGCCCUUAGGCAAGGAACUGCCCCUCUCUGGUCCCCUGAGACCUUGUGAGUGUUCCCUGCUUCGAAAAGACCCCUCCUGGGGCAGAUGACACUGCUCAGCUGCCUGGUGGCCCCUGGAACUUGUGAAGAUACAAGGCAGAUGUCUUCUGAGCCCUGCCCGCUGUCCCAAGGGACCGAACCCAAGCCCCUCCCACCUUCCCAUCCUUGCUGGCCUGGCCCAGUCUCCUGUCUUCUUUCCAAAGCGGAUACAAUGUAACUUGAAGUAGAUGCUCUCAAGGAUAAGAGACCUGCCCUGCCUGGCAUUUCAGGGGCAGAGCCUGUGUCUGUCCCCGAUGGAGUAAGGGGAGGGGAAGGCCAUGCCUGAGUGUCCCUGGGCUUCAGCUUCCCUACUUGUACAUAGGACCCUUUCUGUCCUGACCCACUAAGGGCCACACAACAGAUGACAUGAGAGCCUGGUGGGAACUUUUCAGGCGGUCAAGAGAAGGAAGAGCAUUCCUGGCAGAGAGAACAGCAUGCCAAGGGGCUCAGAGUACAGAGGGGAAGAGCCCAGGUGUCGGAGCCCACAUUGCUGCCACUUACUUUGUGAUGGUGGGCAAGUUGCUUCUCCUCUCUGGUCUCAGUUCUGCAGAGACAGAAGUGACCCUUUGGUGGCAGAGAGGCAGCGUCCAGAGGCUGGCGCGGAGGUGCCUGGUUCGCUCCCGUUAAGCUCCCGGCACCGUUCUUUAUCUGAAAGGUUGUCUACUUUUGCCUCCCUGCGAAACUCUCACUCAUCUCCCGGAACCCCAGCUGCCACGUCCUUGCGUGUGCCCCCUUCCAGCUGUGUCAACCCUAUCCUGCCCUCCAGCCUAACCCUGACCCAGGGCGGGGGCUGUGUCUGUGUCCAGCUCUGUGCCCCUGACAUGGGGGCUCCUUGGGGGCUGGGCUGAGGCCUCUGCCCAGGGUGGGCACAGAGUGGAGCUGGGAGUGUUUGUUGAAUGAAUAAAGGAUUC